AUGAUCCGUUACGUGGAUGCAAACAGUCCCGGUGCCAAUCACGACUCGUUUAUUUGGAAUAAUAAUCCAUUAGAUGUUGAGUUGAGUCAGCAAUACCAGAAUGGAGAAAGAAAUACUUGGCUUUUGGGAGAUGCAGGAUACCCUUUAAAACCUUAUUUGAUUACACCAUUCCGUAGUUCUGGCGAUGCAAGGCAGACUAAAUUCAACGAAAUUCACUCUAAAACAAGGAUGCUAAUUGAGAGAACUAUAGGAGUAAUGAAGAAUGUGUUUAGGUGCAUCUUAGGAGCUCGUCAGCUGCACUACAAACCAGAAAAAGCUGCAAAAAUUGUUAAUGUAUGCUGUGCUUUGCACAAUUUGAGAAAACAAUUUAAUCUUCCCGAUGAUAACUUUGACGAGUUGAUUGAUAUUCAUCAAAUUGAAGAUAAUGCACAUGAUGAUGAAAAUGAUGCAUCAGCAAACGAAAUAAGACAGCAAAUAAUGUACUCUAUCGCUUGA